AUGCUACUGCUCUUAUCUUCACCACUAUCCUCUCCCUUACUCAUGCAAUCUCUUCCAUUGAAAUUUCUUUGUGCUGUACAAGGACAAGGAGAAUCAACUCAUGGAUGCACUAAUAAAAACCAAAAGGAUUACAUAGUGCAGGAUAGUUCCACAUUACAUCCUGAGAAUGUAUUAAGGAGGAAAUUUGUGCUUUCUGCUUUGGUCACGACUGUUGUUUUUCCAACUUUAUCUUCUGAUGCGAAGACGAAAAAUAUGAAUCCGUAUAAUGAAAAACGUGUGUUACAACAAAAUAAGAAUAUACAAAAACAGAACAAUGUACCAGAUGGCUUCCCAAAUUUUAUUAGAGAAGGUUUUGAAGUUAAAGUGAUAGCACCAGAUGACUAUAUAAAACGUGAUUCGGGGCUAAUAUACCGAGAUUUUGAAGUUGGUACAGGUGAUUGUCCAAAGGAUGGUCAGCAGGUCACAUUUCACUAUGUUGGCUAUAAUGAAUCUGGCCGUCGUAUUGACAGCACUUACUUGCAAGGUUCUCCUGCCAAAAUCCGCAUGGGUAACAAAGCAUUGGUUCCAGGAUUUGAAGAAGGAAUUAGAGACAUGAAAGCUGGUGGAAAGAGAAGAAUAAUUAUCCCCCCUGAUCUUGGACCCCCGGUAGGGCCUUCAACAUUUUUCAGCUCAAAACAGUUUGAAGUUUUUGAUGUUGAAUUAUUAAGCAUACAAAACUGUGAAAGAAGAACAAUAGGAUUUUAUUCUGAUGUUGUAUGCAAUUGA